UUUCCUUUUCUCUGGUGGCGGGGCUCUGCGUCAGUUUCCGAAAGGUGGGGACAUUUCCUGACGCCUUUGCAACACUGGGAGGCUGUCUUAAGGGAGGCUGGACCCACUCCGAGCUGGAGGCCGGGAACGCGAAGGCCGGGACUGCUGUGCUGGGGACGGGCCGCUCACCCUCCUCCUGCCUGUAGCCAGCGCGCACGGCCGGCUGGUGUCCGCCCGACCAUGUCUCUGGCUGAGGCCAUCAGCCUCUGGAACGAUGGGGUGCUGGCAGCUGACAAGAAGGACUGGAAGGGAGCCCUGGACGCCUUCUCUGCAAUCCAGGACCCCCACUCCAGGAUUUGUUUCAAUAUGGGCUGCAUCUACACCAUCCAAGAAAACCUGGCCGCGGCGGAGAAGGCCUUCUCCAGAAGCAUCAACCGAGACAAGCACCUGGCCGUGGCCUACUUCCAGCGUGGGAUGCUCUACUACCAGAUGGAGAAGUACGAUCUGGCACUCAAGGACCUUAAAGAGGCCUUGACUCAGCUUCGAGGGAACCAGCUGAUAGACUACAAGAUCCUGGGGCUGCAGUUCAAGCUGUUUUCCUGCGAGGUCUUGUACAACAUUGCUCUCAUGCACGCCAAGAAGGAGGAAUGGAAAAAGGCUGAGGAGCAGUUGGCGUUGGCUAUGAGCAUGAAGUCCGAACCCAGGCAUUCCAAAAUCGACAAAGCCAUGGAGUGCAUUUGGAAACAGAAGCUGUACGAGCCGGUGGUGAUCCCCGUGGGCAGGAUCUUCCGACCCAACGAGAGGCAAGUGGCCCAGCUGGUCAAGAAGGAUUACCUAGGCAAGGCUACGGUGGUGGCGUCCGUGGUGGAUCAGGACAGCUUCUCCGGGUUUGCGCCUCUGCAGCCACAGGCAGCUGAGCCUCCGCCCAGACCCAAAACGCCAGAGAUCUUCAGGGCUCUGGAAGGGGAGGCUCACCGCGUGCUGUUCGGGUUUGUGCCCGAGACACCAGAGGAGCUCCAGGUCAUGCCUGGGAACAUCGUCUUUGUCUUGAAGAAGGGCAAUGAUAACUGGGCCACGGUCAUGUUCAACGGGCAGAAGGGGCUCGUGCCCUGCAACUACCUGGAGCCGGUGGAGCUGCGGAUCCACCCUCAGCAGCAGCCCCAGGAGGACGCUUCCCCGGAGUCCGACAUCCCGGCUCCGCCCACAGGCAGUGCGCCCGGAAGACCCCUGCAGCCACCAGGUCAGAAAGAAGAAGAGCCCAAGGUAACCUUUUUCCCUGGUGCUAAAGUGGGGGAGAAUGGAAGAGCUUGGGCCUCCACCACGGGCAUGUCUCCCUGGAUGAUAGAAAGGGAAAUAAAGCUCAGCGUCCCCAUGCCCUACACACUCAAGGUGCACUACAAGUACACGGUCGUCAUGGAGACGCAGCCCGGCCUCCCCUACAGCCAGAUCCGGGACAUGGUGUCCAAGAAACUGCAGCUCCUGCCGGAACACACUAAGCUGAGCUAUCGGCCCAAGGACAGCAAUGAGCUGGUGCCCCUCUCGGAAGACAGCAUGGAGGCCGCCUGGGGCCAAGUGAAAAACUACUGCCUGACUCUGUGGUGUGAGAACACAGUGGGCGACCAGGGCGUUCCCGAGGAACCCGAGGGGAGCGGGACAUCGGAGGUGCGUCACCAGGCACCAGAACCUCAGCUCAAGGAGGGGAGCCAGGUGGUGGCCCUCUUCAGUUACGAGGCCACCCAACCGGAAGACCUGGCGUUUCUGGAAGGGGACGUGAUCCAGGUUGUAUCCAUGGUGAACGACGACUGGCUGGAAGGGGAGUGCGGAGGGAAGAUCGGCAUCUUCCCCAGGGCUUUCGUGCAGGGCCGGGCCGCCGCCCACCCGGACAGCGCGCCCAGGGCGGUCUAGCAUGUCUUGCAACCCACGGAGCGGAAGGAAGAAAAGCGCCAUCUCCCUUGCAAGACUGAGGACGCCUCCGCGGCACGCUGUGCCGAGACCGCCGCGCGGUGGAAGUGCUCGCUUUUUCCUGUUCAAGUCCGACCCAUCACAGGCGGAUGAACACCGCGGGGUGGGGUGGGGAGCGGUUGGACGUGUCUCCGAGGGCAUGAGGGGUCCUUCCAGGGUGCUGGUUUCUCGCCUUAAGUGCUGGCUACCCAGGUGUGUUCACUUUGUGGGAAACUCAGUGAGCUGCGCAGCGAUUACUGGCGCACUUCUCUGUAUGUGUGAUAAAAAUAAAAAAGCAAGACGGCCGGAGUGCCGGCCCGAGGCCCAAAGGAAA